GAUUACACACUCUUAAUUGGAGUUACACACAGCUUAAUUAAGAACACCCUCUUAGCUUGCGGCCAAACGAUUUCUAACCUAAAAAAUGAACACACUUGUUCACCGUAAUAGAGUAAACUCGUACUCUCUAAAAUAGAAAAAUCUAUGAACUAGAAUUCUUCUCUCAUAAACAGCUAACCUGAGCAAGCACAUAUUCAAUCCCUUUUAUAUUCGUGGGAUUAAAAGAUCUUCUAGGUUUCCUUUUUUUUCUUGAUUUGCUCAUAUCUUCCAAAUAUUGUAGAUCUUCGGCUGCACGAAACUUCUACAUCAGCUGCAUCAGCUGCCAAUAUCUUCAUCAAUAUAUUCAGUAGAUCACUUGGUCCACGUCAUCAAUUAAUGCUUCUUUAAUGUUUAGUCUCACCAAAACAGCUUCUUUCUUGUUCCAGCAAUUCUGAAACCUCAACACUCUUAUCUUCUGCUCAGUCCCCACUGAAACCGCACUUACAGAAAACAACAUGAUUUAAAAGUUGAUUAUGUCGUUGACAUUUUCAUUGUUAAUUAACAUCGUUGGUCUUGUCACACGAACUUCAGUAUUGGGUUGAUAUCGCAUGGUUUUCCGUGGCAGUAUUAUUUUUAGAUAGAGGCUUUUUAAUUAUUUUAGAAUCUCUUUUUUUUUUUUUUUUUGUCAAACAAUUAUGUCAGGUAGCUGAGUAUCUUUUAGUUUACUUAGCAUGUGUGGCCAUGUGUUCUGCAAUACUUCAUGUAGCUGGCAAUCUUUUUUCCAUCUCUAAAACGAUUUAAAUAGUGUUAAACUGUCCAUUUUGAUUUCAUGAAAACACCAAAUGUUAGGCUGUGUAUCCUCAAAAUACUGACUUGCAUUGCGAAUUGACAUGAUAUCUCCUCAGAUUAAAUGGACCACGAGCUAAAAAAGUCAUUAUCGACCGCUAACUAGUGCGAAUUAAAAAUAAAAUAAAAAAUGAACCAAAUGAGACUUCAUAGCAAGGACCGAUUUAAUGAGAGCGGGAAACAAAUGCUUGAUUAGCUUCCUCUCAAGGUUGGCUUUGCUUCGGGUUUAUGUUGUCAUAGCCAUCCACUGUGAUGGUUAAUGGCAGAUUAACAACAAAAGCAUCAAUGAAAUUGGAAAGUGCACGACCCGCUAAGAAAAAAAAAAAAAAUUGCUAAUUGAGUUCUUAAAAUAUGGGUUAUAAACUUAUAAACCCCAUUAGUCGUUUGACAUCUAUUUGUUAAUUCUUCUAUUUCUGCCAACACCUAAUUUGAUAGGAAUCUAUCAUGUUUCUAUUUUUAGGGAAGAAACAAAUAGUAAAAGAUUGCUAAGAGUUAGAACAUUAAUUUUGUAAGAUAUUAGAUGAAGUAACAAAAGUUUUCCUAAUAUAGAUUAAGUUGACGGACACGGUGGUGAACCAAUGAAUUUUAACAUCAAUGAUUAAAAAAGGUUUAACCAAUCAUUCCUCUAUUGCUUCCUGCCACAUCUAUAUUUGCAUCACACGAUCGUUCUUAAGCUAAAACCAAACCCCUUUCAAUUUCAAUCUAAUUUCAAUCAUCCUCUUUUUUUUCCUCACCUCAGGAAUUACUCAAUUUAAAGUUGUAAAUUUUUUUGAGGAGAACAAGAAGGUGGUAGUACCAUUUUCACAAUGUUUGCGGAAGCGGAUAGCAUUCCUAGGGCAAAAUAUGCCAAUAUGAUGCAUUCUGAUCCGAAUCUUUCCUCCACGAUGACCAACCAAACAGAGGAAGAGUACGGUAUACGGAAUAGCAGUGCAUCUGCGGUUGGCACGGGAAUGUAUGAUAGAAUGAGUUGUGAAGGCUCUCCAAUGAUGAUGUCUCCUUGGAACCAAGCAACUCCAUUUACUCAAACACAAUGGUCUAGUGUAGAAGAAAAUCUACCACAAAAUGGCCUUAUUGGCUCGCUUGUCCGUGAAGAAGGUCACAUUUAUUCAUUAGCGGCGACGAAAGAUCUUCUUUAUACUGGUUCCGAUAGCAAAAACAUACGUGUGUGGAAGAAUCUAAAGGAGUUCAGUGCAUUCAAAUGUAACAGUGGAUUGGUAAAGGCCAUUGUUAUUUCAGGGGAGAAGAUUUUCACAGGUCACCAAGAUGGAAAGAUUCGAGUUUGGAAAGUAUCUCCUAAGAACCAGAGCUUGCACAAACGUUCUGGAACAUUACCAACUUUGAAAGAUAUAUUCAAGGCAUCUCUUAAACCAAGAAAUUAUGUUGAGGUGAAGAAACACCGCACCGCUCUUUGGAUCAAACACGCCGAUGCUGUUUCAUGUUUAAGCCUAAAUGAUGAACAAGGCUUGUUGUAUUCUGCUUCAUGGGACCGGACCAUUAAGGUGUGGAGGAUUGCUGAUUCAAAAUGUCUAGAAUCAAUCCCAGCUCAUGAUGAUGCUGUAAACUCAGUGGUAUCAACAACGGAAGCGAUUGUUUUUUCUGGAUCAGCCGAUGGGACAGUCAAGGCAUGGAAGAGAGACCAACAAGGAAAAUACACAAAGCAUACACUAUUGCAAACAUUAACAAAGCAAGAGAGUGCAGUCACAGCUUUGGCUGUAAGCAAGAAUGGCGCAGCAGUGUACUUCGGUUCGAGUGAUGGUUUGGUCAAUUUUUGGGAGAGGGAGAAACAGUUGAACUACGGUGGCAUUCUCAAGGGCCACAAGCUUGCUGUUCUUUGCCUAGAAGUGGCAGGGAGUCUUGUGUUUAGCGGAUCUGCUGAUAAGACAAUAUGUGUGUGGAAGAGAGAUGGAAAUAUUCAUACAUGCCUCUCUGUACUAACAGGUCACACAGGUCCUGUAAAAUGUUUGGCAGUAGAAGCAGAUCGUGAAGCCUCAGAACGUCGAGACAAAAAAUGGAUUGUAUAUAGUGGAAGCUUGGAUAAGUCAGUGAAAGUAUGGGGAGUUUCAGAAUCAUUCAUUGACAUGAACCAGAUGAGUAUGAUGCAACAGCAACAACAACAUGUUAUAUCACAUUCUGAACCUUUCAUGUCUGAUGGCAGUUUCUCUUCAUCAGCUGGUGGAGCUAGCAGUCAUCGAAGACACUAAUCAUGGUUUGUUAUUUGCCUUUCAAAAUACCAACUCUGUCUAAAUUAUUCAUUUGUUUUAUUGUUAAAUUUGAAUUAAAAAAAGAAAGAAAGAAACUUCUAGUUUUAUGAUGCAGUAUUGUACAAUAUGGAGUUGAGUUUGAACUACUUCUUUUUUUGUUUAUUAUAAAGGUUUUUUGUAAUUUUCUUGUAUUUUGUGAUGGAAACCUGUAACUCUUUCAAACUUGAUAAUAAUUAUUACUGUUGUAAACU